UUACGACACUUAACAAAGCAUUUACGGCAGUGUCAUGGCGGCAUACGGAGUCAGUUUUGAGAGUUCGAGGAGCAUCGACGAAAGAAAGGAAAGCAAACGACAGGCACGACAGGAGGCGGUAGAAAAGGCCAAGCAGCGGUUUGAGAAGGCAGAAAGGAGGAAGGAGCUGAAGAGGCAGAGAGGGGAGGACACAUGGAUGCUCCCUGAGGUCAACCAAAGGCUGCAGGAAAUAGAGGAUGAGAGCUCUGUGAAGAGCAAGAAGAAGAAAGAGAAGAAAUCCAAAAAGAAAAAGGAGAAGAAAAAGGCCAAGAAGGAGAAGAAGACAGCUGAAGCAGGAGAUGGAUCUAAUGACAGCUCUGAGGACUCAGGGGAUGAGUGGGUUGAAGCUCAGCCUCAGACACAAGCUGCUAAAGCCUGGCAGGUUCCUGAGGAGUCUAAGCCUUCAGAAAGCAACAUCAGCCCAGCGCAGAAUGUUGAGAGAGACGAAUGGAUGACCUUUGACUUCCUGGCAAUGAGAACCACGUCCACAGCAGAGAAGAGGGCUGAGAAAGAGCGACUGAAAGAGGAGGAGAGGGCGAAGGCUCAGGCUAUUGAACAGGCUGGCUUACACAAACUGGAGCUCAACCCAUACUGGAAAGAUGGAGGAACUGGUCUGCCCCCAGAGAAGAUGGCUGGCACUGAAGCAAAGAAAGAGGGCCCAGUCGUAAAUGAUGCAGGUCUGAGCUGGCUGAGGAAGAGCUACCAAAGGAUGAAGGAGCAGGCAGAGAGGGAGCAGCGCAACCUCAACGAUGUGGUGGCCGAGAGAUAUGGAUCAAUGGAGGCAUUUCAGCAAAGACUUGCAGAAGCUGAGAAAGCUGUGUAUGGACAGAGCAGAGGAGGAGAAGGAGACAGAACGGCGAGAGGCGGGUGGAGGAAAGAAGAGGACAGAGAGAGAUGGAGGAGAAGAGAUGGAGAUGGGGCAGAGAGAGAUCGUUGGAGGAGAAGUGAAAGGGAAAGAGAUUCUUCACCUGCAGACAGGGAGAGAUACCAUGCUAGGAGAGAAGAGGAGAGGGGGAGAGGGAGGGGAGGAUAUCAAGAUAGAGAGAAAGAAGGGGGUCGAGACAGAGACAGAUUUAGAGAGAGAGAGAGAGACAGGGAUGGCGAUAGAGGAAAAGACAGAGAGAGGGAGAGGGAUGGAGGUAGAGACAGAGAAAGAAAUAAUGACAGAGAUGGAGACAGGGACAGAAACAGAGAGAGAGAAAGGGAUAGUGAAAGGAACAGAGAAAGAGAGAGGCCAAGUGCUGCAUCAGCAUCUGGGCAAAGCUGGAGUCAACAUUCUUCCUCCCUUGGGUCUCUUAAAAACCGUUUCCUCAAACCCUCAGAGGACGAUGACAGUGGUGAAGCUCCACAGCGUCCUCCUCCUCCAGCACGACCGUCCACAGGAUUCCUGAGACCCAACUCUGAUGAUGAUGAAGAGUCUGGGCCACCUAGUACCAGCAUGCCGGCCUGGAAGAAGAGCAACACUCCAGCUCAGGAGUCUGCCAGCUUUGAAAAACCACAGCUGGAGAAAGAGAGGGAUCCUGGGAAAAGUGUAACUGCUCCUCAAGAUGGCGGUGAUAAAGCUGCUGCGUCCACAUCAAGGAUUGAGAGUAGCAGUGAGGAAGAAGAGGAGGAAGAGGAGCUUCCACUGCUGUCAGAGGAGGAGAUGAACAAACUGGGAGCCAAACUGGUGAAAGCAGAGAUCAUGGGCAACACGGCUAUGAUUGAAAAGCUGAAAUCACAGCUGGACGCUGCACACAAAGCCAAAGAGAGCUACGCUGCCCGAAAGAAGCUACAAGAAACGGCUCAACCAAAGGUCACAGGUCGCUCCAGUGAAGACCAGGAAAUCCUGCUGUUCAGAACAGACCAAUCAGGUCGCGCCUGGCCUGUCAAUGCCCCCUCCGGACCCCAGGAGCCCCACGGAGGACGACGAAAGAAGAAAGCGAUUGAGACCCAUGUUGACGGGGAGCGUGUGCGCUACUUCCAGGACGAUGACAAUGUGGGUCUGAAGGAGAUGGUGAGGAGGGAGAAGAUGAGCAGUGCACAGGAUCAGAACGCUCUCUACUCUCGCAUGGCUGCCAAGAUGAUGGGGAAGACAGACGGCGACAACUACACACUGGAUGACAUGUUUGUGUCGGGCGCAGCACAGCGGGAGGGCGAGGGGAGGGAGGAGGAGAGGAUGAGGAGCAGAGCCAUCGGGGAGAGCAGGAGGCUGGCUGCCUCCAUGGAGAAAUGCCAGCACUGCUUCAGCAGCCAAGAGCUCCAGAAGCACCUUAUAGUGGCAAUAGGGAGCAAGGUGUACCUGAGCCUGCCCGCGGGGGUGUCGAUGACAGAGGGCCACUGUCACAUCUGUCCUCUCCAGCAUCACUGCUCUGCCACCGGACUGGAUGAGGAUAUCUGGUCAGAAAUGCAGCUGUUCCGGCGCACUUUGGUGCGUAUGUUUGAGUCCCAGGAGCUGGACUGUGUGUUUAUGGAAACACACAUGUUCCCACGCAAAAGGCAACACAUGGUCCUAGAGUGUAUUCCACUGCCACGAGAACUGGGUGAUAUGGCACCUAUAUACUUUAAGAAAGCUAUCAUGGAGUGUGAUGAAGAAUGGGCCAUAAACAAGAAGGUCGUCGACCUCUCUUCGAAAGACAUCCGCCGUGCUGUUCCUCGAGGUCUUCCUUACUUUGCUGUGGACUUUGGACUCCAGGGAGGGUUUGCUCAUGUCAUUGAAAAUGAGCAGAAGUUCCCCCAUUACUUCGGCAAGGAAGUGGUAGGAGGCAUGAUGGACUUGGAGCCACGACGUUGGAGAAAGAUGAUCAGAGAGAACUUUGAUGACCAGAGGAAAAAAGUCCUACAGUUUGCACAGUGGUGGAAACCAUACGACUGCACCAAGUCCGAGGGCUAGCUGCUGGACACACUUACAGAAAGGUGUACGCUUUGUGGAGUAGUGAAGAUUACACAGACACACAUACAAACACACUGUGGUGCAGACACUGACACACCUACCAGUACUGAAUUUGAUGUAAAAUUCCUAUUAAAAGUUAGAAUGUGGGAACAUUUUUACUUAAAUAAAAAAUAAAUAAAAUGA